AGAGAUUGUGUCUGUUUACAAAACUGAAGUUGGUUCCUCAAUCGUUAUUACGUUUCUAUUUUAUUUUUUAUUUACUUUAAAUCUAAAUCAAUUGCUCACUUACACUGUCGUCGGUCAAAAAUAGCCUCUGUAACAGAUACCUCAUUUAUUCUGCAUUUUUACGAUUAUUAUUUUUUCAUAAUUUUUAUAAUGUAAAGUAACCGACCCCGUUUAAUUGAUGAGAACCCCAACAGUGAGAAGAGGACCCAACUCGAAGCACAUUUUUUUAAUUGCUGAAUUUAUGGUUGUAUCACUCCAUUAAAAAUGUACAACUUCAGAUGACUUUUCCGGCCAGACGCGUUGCUCCUUUAAGACGCUAAUAUCAGUCGAUUGUGAAACGCACUUCGCUGCGGCGCUCUGUUUUGACUCCAUGUAUGUGUGGCUGCGUAUGUCGCCUCCUUUCCUUCACUAGUUUACUUCAUUUUCCAUCUCUGCGCACCUCCAGUGCUGUCAGCAGAAUGGCAGCGGCGGCUCCCAACCCGGAGGACUCCGCCAGGAGUAGCAGUAGUGGCAGCACCGGCACACCCAGCGCCCUUGCAGGAGACGGGGACGCGGAAGAGACCGAGGACUUCACCUCCUCCUCGCACUGCUCGGAGCUUUCUCGGCGGCAGAACGAGCAGAGGAAACAGGGCUUAUUCUGCGACGUGACGCUGGCCUUCAGCAGCGGGGUGGCUACCGGGAGCGUCCAGAGCUGCGAGUUUUCAGCCCACAGGUCUGUUCUGGCUGCGGCUACAGAUUAUUUUACCCCUCUGCUGGGUGGACAGUUUUCCGAGUCCUUGUCCGGACGGGUUGAGAUGAAGGAAUGGAGCUCAGAACUAGGGCCCGACCCAGACACGGUGGAGAGUGUCAUCCAAUACAUGUACACAGGAGAAAUACGCGUUAGCACCUGCAAUGUACACGAAGUACUGGAGCUAGCUGACAGGUAAGAUCUGAUUUCUGACACAAUUCUGUGUGUAUGAGUGCGUGUGUGUCUGUGUGCGCGUGCGUGUGUGUGACAGGGACUUUGACAGUCAAAGCAUGAGGCCUUCAGUGACUGCUCUGAAAUUGUUCUUUUUGUGUUCUUGCAAAGAACCAGCUUGACCUCAAAAGCAAAGGUUGAACAAACUAAUCAUAGAGUUAAAAUUCUCUCUGACAUGUGUCUCUCCUGUCUGCUCCUUAUUAGAUUCCUACUGCUGCAGCUGAAGGAUUUCUGUGGUGAAUUUCUCAAGAAGAAGCUGAGCCUGACCAACUGUGUGGCGGUGCACAGUCUAGCCCACAUGUACACUUUGGACCAACUGGCUCUCCGUGCUGCAGACAUGAUCCGUCGUAACUUCCACAAGGUUAUCCAGGAUGAGGAGUUUUAUACCUUGCCCUUCCACUUGGUGCGUGACUGGCUGUCAGAUGCAGAGAUCACAGUGGAUUCUGAGGAGGUGCUCUUUGAGGCUGUGGUAAAGUGGGUUCAGAAGAACCCUGAAGAGCGAGGCCGCUAUUUUGAAGAGCUGUUCCGCCUCCUGAGGCUGCCCCAAAUCAAGCCCACCUAUCUCACCAGGGUAGUAAAAAAUGAGAGUCUGGUGGCUGCGAAUGAGGCCUGUCUCAGGCUGGUGUCAGAGGCAGUGGAAGGCCACGCCAUUCGCUUUGAGAACCUCAAGUCAGCUGAUAUGGAGUUCUGGUCUUCCCACAUGGCCUCCUUUCAGCCGCGCUUUGGCCAAAACAUGGACGUUAUCAUGGUAGUUGGUGGUGUGUCAGAAGGAGGAGACUACCUGAGUGAGUGUGUGGGCUACUUUAUAUAUGAGGACCGAUGGGUCAACCUGCCGCACAUCCACAACCACCUGGAUGGCCACGCUAUUGCUGCCACUGAGUCCCACGUCUAUGUAGCCGGUUCAAUGGAACCAGGCUUUGCAAAGACAGUUGAACGUUACAAUCCUAAUCGCAACACCUGGGAACAGGUGAGCAACCUGACCACACGCAAGCACUCCUUUGGUCUCACCUGCAUUAAGGAUAUACUGUAUAGCAUUGGUGGCCAUGGAAACUUCAGUCCAGGUUUCAAAGAUGUUAGUGUGUAUGAGCCUGAGCAGGACAAGUGGCAUAAUCUGGAAUCUGCCCCCAAAAUUCUGCGGGAUGUGAAGGCGGUGAGUGUGGAGGACCGGUAUGUGUACGUCACAGCACGCACACCCGUCGACACAGAUAACGAGGAUGGACUGAAGACAGUGACUACACGCUACGACACAGAGAGCCGUCAAUGGCAAGAUGUUGACUCCCUCCCCCUUAUUGACAACUACUGCAUCUUCCAGAUGGCUGUGGCCUCCACUAACUUCUACCACACAGCCUCCUGCUGCCCCAAGAGCUACACAGUGAGAGAUGAGGUGGCCAAACAGAAGAUCAGCGUGCGCAUUUCUGAUGAGAUCCUGGAGAGCCUGCCACCAGAGGUAACCAGCAUUGAGGGUGCUGCCAUCUGCCACUUUGAUGAGGAUGUCUUUAUCAUCGGCGGGUGGAAGAACAGCGACGAUGUGGACAAGCAGUACCGCAAAGAGGCCUACCGUUACUGCGCUGAGAGGAAACGCUGGAUGCUGCUGCCGCCAAUGCCUCAGCCACGCUGCAGAGCCACUGCCUGUCAUGUCCGGAUCCCUUACCGUUUCCUGUACGGCUGUCAGCGUUACCCCAUGCCUCAGAACCUGGCCCGCCAGCGAGACCGCAUGCAGCAGAUGCAGCAGCUUCACCGGCGCACGCUCACCCUGCGCCGGCAGCUGCAGUCGCAGAUAGAGUGCUGAGCAAGAUAGGGUCUGCUCUGAGGACUAUUCGAAAAAGCCUGGGGACAUUCCAUUGCAGCCAUCUUCAUCAGCCCCUCCACCUGUGCAUAACAAGCUACAGCAGGUCUUGAGUUGCCCUCAUUCAAGAUUUCAAUACACUAAACUUUUUGCCAUUAGUUCUCAUGCUGUGUUGUGCUGACGGCUGACUUGUUGAAAACCAUGAAACGUAAUGGCAGGUCUGUUUGGAGGAAUGUGGCAAAUGUAAACAUGUGAAUAAGAGUGUUAUAUAUCAGCCAACAUCUAAAUAUCCUUUUGUCAAAUAUGUUGGUGUAGAUUCUGUUUAUCUGUUUGUACAUAAAUAAGUAUGAAGCUGUAUAUGUAAACAUUUCUAUGGAUAUUUUACAUUCCUUAAUGUAUGCCUGUCCUGCAGAGGCAAUGUGACAUGACUAAUAGCUGCAUUCCUACCUUCAACCCAGCUCGCUUGAUGAAGUCUUAUUUCAUUGUAACACUGUGACAAUCUCUUUAAACAUCUGUACAAAAGUCUUACACACUCUGACAGAACUUAAUAUUAUUCCUGGUAUAUUAAAAUGGCUCUGUUUGUUGCUGUGAAGCCUCAACAAAAUAAGAAUUUAUUCAAAAAAGGCUGUUAAUCUUAAAAUACUUUAGACUAGCUUUCUGUCAGACUGCAGUUUUCUUUCAACAUUUGUAUUUAAUAUGUAUUGAUGUUGAUGGUUUUUGUUGCUCAUGCCAUACUUGACACUAGUAUUCUUUGUCCAGAAUGUUAAAGAGGUGAAACAAUGAGAACUGUGAUGUUGAAAAGAUAUGAUGAUAUGAAAUGAAGUCAUUCCUGAGUUAUCUAAGCGUUAAAAACAGUAGGACUGUUCGACCUUGACGCUACAUUAAGCACCAAUCAUAAGCAAUGGCUCAAUCAUUCCUUUCUUUUGCACUUUGGCAGUCUAUUGCUCAGUGUGUUUCCAUACAAGCAGGAAAAUCCAACGAAAAUGUGUGAGUGCUAGGGUGUGUUUGAUUUGUGAUACGCAGAACUUCUCUUUCUUGACAUCAUAUUAUUUGUAAAAAGGAAAGAUUUAAUUUGUCACUGCACUUUGGUUAUUUCAUAUCAGACAAGGUGAUUGUAUUUUGGAAAUGUUUUGUUAUAGCCAGCUAACAGCUAGAUGAAAGAUUUUAUCAUUAUUUGAGAAUUCCUCCAAAGUUAGUUGUCUAUUAAAGCCUUGUAUUAUUAUUGCACUUCCAAUCCAUCUGGGUGUACAUUUAGAGGUCUGCUUUGUUGUUCUGUGGUCUCUUUUCACCAUUCAACAAGACUUAGAUGAGAGAUUUUAGGAACCAGAUUUAGGCAAAAGGAAUGUUUUAUGAAUGUGUUGUGACUGACAUUCAGAGACCCCACUGAAAGAUGCAGCAUCUAUUUCAGAAAAAAAAGGUUACAGAGCAAUGAAAUGAUAUUCAUUUCCACUUUAUGACCAACCUUUCAAGCACUGCUAAUAUCAAGUGGAAUAAGCUGUGUAUAUUGCUUUGCAUGUGAUAGUCUGACCUUGUGUCCUAAUAUUGGAUGUAAGCUAAUGAAAUGCUAAUGUCAUCACUUGCAAUAAAAGUUGUUUUUUUUGUAAGACAGCUGCUUGUGCACA